GUAUAAGUUCUUAGAAAUGAGUGAGAAACUUAUUGCUAUUUGGGUUAUUUGGUGAAAUUUUCCAUUUCCUUCGUGGUUGAACAUCGAACCUAAAAAAGCUCGACCAUGAAAAGAUGGCUCUGCAUAGAAUUCCUCACACCAUUCUAAUGGAGAUCCUCCUAAAGCUUGACCUUCAAACCCUUUGCUCCGUCGCAUGCGUCAGCAAAAGCCUACAUGACGCCGUCGUUGACGCCAUUUCUCUCCCCUCCGCUCUCCAUCUUCCUAUCAAUUUUCAAUUGCAGGAUUUCUCUCCGGAUUUUCAAACUCUGAAAAUCGGCAUCCUUGGUCGGUGCCGAGGCAUGAGUAGCCUGACUGUUAAUUGUCUUCGUCUUCAUGAUUCUUCUCUCGUGGAUUUUUUUGGCCCUCAUUUACUCGAGCUGAACUUGUUCUGCUGCUCUUUACUCUCUUAUCAAUUCCUUGCUGUCACAGGCAAACUUUGUCCCAAUUUGAGGGUGCUUGUGCUUGAAUUGGUAGCUCAAGAUUCUCCUGAGGUAUUCAAUACAAACUUGGCUGAAAUGCUUACAAGAUGCUUGUUCUUAGAUUCGAUAUCCCUGAAGAUUCGAGGAGCGGGAGAUGCUGAGGCUAAUUACUUUAGGGGCAUUGAAGCAUUUCUUCCCAAAACCAUGAAGUCACUGAAGUUGAAGCCACUGCUACAUCAAGAAGGAAUUUGCAUCAUAAACAAACUAAGAGAUUCUGGGAACUCCUUAAUCACCACUUAUUCCGGAAAUUUUGAAUCUCCUAAGUUAUCUUCAGGGUUAAUGUUGCAGUGCUUGUCACUAGCCUUGGAUGUUAUUUCUAAUGAGUUAAUUAUAACCGUUGCUGAAUCUCUUCCUUUUUUGGUAGAGCUUCACUUGGAAGACACGCCGAACCAAGAACAAUUGGUGCACCAUGACUUGACCAAUAGAGGACUUCAGUCAUUGAGCACAUGUCAUAAGCUGAUAUCACUUUCUCUUAUUCGUGGUAGGCAUAAUCACCAGCUCUCUUUCAAAAAGCUGAAUGAUAUGGGCAUGUUUCUCUUGUCGGAGGGUUGCAGAGCUCUUGAGUCAGUGAGAUUCUGUGGAUUCUCUAAAGUCAGUGAUGCUGGAUUUGCAUCGAUCUUUCACUCAUGCAAUAGGCUGAAGAAAUUCGAGAUUCGUAAUUCAACACAUUUCUCAGACCUUGCACUUGAAGGUUUCCAUGCCAUUGGAUGCUCCAUAACAGAGUUGAGAUUAUUAUCAUGCAACCUUAUAACUUGUGAAUCUGUGAAGCAGUUGGCGUACUCUACAAGCUUGGAAGUUCUUGAUCUACGUGGCUGCAAGAGCAUAUCAGAUUCUUGCAUUGAUUCCAUUUCCACUUUGUGCAAUUUAUCAUCCCUGAAUCUAACAUCAACUGAUAUAACUGACAAUGGUUUAUCUGUUCUUGGUCAGGGGAGUCUACCCAUCGUACGAUUAUCCCUUCGAAGUUGUAAGAGAGUAACCGAAGAAGGAAUUUAUCGAUUGUUUUAUGGUGGCGGGACAAUAAGCAAGACGUUAUCUGCCUUGGAUCUUGGACACAUUUCAGGAAUAACUGAUCGAGCAAUCCAAAUAACUGCUUCAGCUGGUGUCAGGAUUACUGAGUUAUGCAUCAGAUCAUGCGUCCAUGUGACUGAUUCUUCAGUGGAAGCUUUGGGGAUGAAGAAAAAACUCCAAGGUGAAGGUAAGUUACUUCGUAGGCUUGAUCUUUUUAAUUGCAUUGGUUUAUCAAUUGGCGCAUGGAGAUCAUUUAGGGGACCUCAGUUUGGUGGGUUACAAUGGCUAGGAAUAGGCAAUACUCGUUUGUGUAGCAAUGGAAAUGUUGAUAUGGUCGAGUUAUGUUUAAAACGACCUUGGUUGACUUUGUGUUUGGAAGGUUGUGAAGUUGGAUGUCAUGAUGGAUGGCAAUUCCAUAGAUCAUAGUGAUUUUGAAACAUUCUUUUAGAGGGUGGAGAAUUGUUGUUGAUUGAUGUUGUUGGUACAAAAUAUCAGUUGAGUUUUUGAAGGUGAAAUAUAUCAUUAUGUUUAAAUGGUAUUUGAAUUU